UAGUUCGUAAAGAAGCCGGAAGUAGACUGAUUUGACUCACCAACUUCACGUGUUACCCGUCAAUCGCUGUUUCCGAUUCUUCUUCUGUGGCUAACGAAACAAAAUGACUUGCAAACGCAGAAACGGUGGACGAGCUAAACACGGCCGUGGUCAUGUAAACCCUGUUCGCUGUACCAAUUGUGCCCGAUGUGUACCAAAGGAUAAAGCAAUUAAGAAGUUUGUUAUCCGAAACAUUGUAGAAGCAGCUGCUGUCAGAGAUAUAACAGAAGCUAGCUUUUAUUCUGCAUACCAGCUUCCAAAAUUGUACGCCAAGUUACACUACUGUGUAUCUUGUGCUAUCCACUCUAAAGUAGUUCGUAACAGGUCUAAAGCAAACCGUCGUAUCAGAACUCCGCCAGUCCGUAAUUUCCCCAGGGAUCUGCGCCAGGGACAACAAAACAGAAAAUAAUGUAUUAUAUAAAUUUUAAAGGAAAAUAAAUAAUAAAAUUGA